AUCAUUUUCAAAUACAAGAUGGACAACAAAAAGAAGGAAGAAAAUCCUAGUAAAUCUGAUACUUCUAUAAGCCUUCCACCAAGCUCAACUGGAGAAGCGCUUCAAAAUUAUACAGAAUCGGAAUGGAACGCAUCAGAUGAUCCGUAUUCUGCAGAACUUCUCAAUGUGAAAAAGAAGCCGAAUCGAGUUAAUGUGUUCUCAGCAACUGAGAAGAACAUGGAAACUAUAAUUGUCACUGAAGAAUCUCCACCACAAACUCCAUUGCCUUUAAAGCCUGUCGUAGAACACCACAAUUUGGCUCGAUUGAUUCAGAAAUCAUGUCAAUUGCUCUUGGAUAAAACUACACCAGAUGGAACAGAAGUGCAAAUAAAAUUAGAAUUCCCUGACUGGAGAGAUACCGCCUGAUUCUCUAUGUGUUGAAUAAAGCUUAACGGUUAAAA